CCGAUGGGUAUCUGCAACGCCCCCGCGACCUUUCAACAAGCCAUGAAUAUGGCUUUUCAGAAUUUUGGACGGAAGACUCGUUUGGCGCAGAGCAUCAUCAACUACUGUGUGAUUGUGUACAUGGAUGACAUUCUGGUGGACUCGAGUUCCUACGAGGGACACAUGCAACACAUCGAGUGGGCUCUGCAUGCGUUACGAGAUGCGGGUUUCAAGGUGACGCUUGAGAAGUGUCAGUUUUUUCUUACCACCAUUUCCUUCUUAGGACACGUGGUAACAGACAAGGGACUCCAACCGGAGCCACAAAAGGUGGCAGCUGUCAGAGAUGCGCCGAUGGCUACGACUAUCACGCAAGUUCGCGCCUUCUUGGGCCUGGCCUCGUACUACCGAAGAUUUAUCAAAGGCUUCGCGGCAAUCGCGGGACCCCUCACGAAUCUGCUGCGCAAAGAUCAGCCGUUGAUCUGGACGCCGGAGUGUGAUCAAGCGUUUUCGAAACUCAAGGCCGCUCUCAUUUCGGCUCCGGUCCUUAUAAGACCGGAUCCCGAAAAACCUUUUGUUCUCAUCAUUGACGGGCAGCCAGAGGCGAUCUCGGCGAUCCUUGCCCAGGUGGAACCAAGUGGACUCGAGAGCGUGGUGGAGUAUGCGUCCAAAUCGGUGCCCGCCUGCAAGUGCAACUACGCCGCUCCGACGGGAGAAUGCUAUGCGGCUCUUUGGGGAAUCAGUCACUUUCGCGCUUACCUGUACGGGUGGAAGUUCACCUUGGUAACCGAUCAUGAGCCCCUGUUGGCUCUGAAAAAAUCGAAGGAUUACUCUGGCAUAAUCGGGCGAUGGGCAACGGUGCUACAGAGCAUGGACUUUGACAUUCGACAUCGGAAGCACGAGAGACACGGGAAUGCGGACGGACUGACACGACUGCACCGGCUUGAGAAAGUUCCGAAGAGUGAGGAGGUGAUUCCGUGGAACGAACCCGAACAGGAUGUUGGACCUCGGUACGACCAAGUGGAGAUCUUGUUGAAGCAGUAAGUGACACGAGGAUCAAUUUGUCUGAUUCUACCCUCUUCGCAAUUCGGUCUCAUCUCUCCUCCUCUGUCAUCAUGACUACCCCACCUGUCUCUGCAACCCCUUCUUCUCCUACUAAUUCUGCCCCUCUCACUUCCUUAGCUUUCUUUGCCACCCUCCCCGAUAAAUUCUGCUAUUUUUG